UGCGCGGCGCCCAUCCGAGGCGUCCGAGCCGCCGUAUCCCCAAAUUACUUUCUACGGGCACGAUGCCCAGAAAAUUUUGCCCAUUUUAGCCCUUCUUAUCUCUAAUUCCUCCCGCCAGCGCAGCCUCCCUCGAGGUCUCAACACAACACCACAGGCACAGCUCCGCCGCUCCAACUCGUCUCUCUCCGCCUCCCCACCGCCGCCGCUCGUGGAAAACCACGCCGUUGAUAACUCGACUCUCUUGGCCUCCCUACCUGCAUCGUGUGGUUCCUCGUCGAGCUCGCCGGCGGCCUCCGCCCUUAGUAUUUCAAAAACAACAACUUCUGUAGCUUCGACGAUCGAUCGAUUUCGGAGGCCUCAAUCUCGUUUUCCGUCUUCUAAUUAGGAUCUAAUGUGAUUUUCUGACAGGGGUUUAUGUAGAUCGUGCCGGAUCGGUGGGAAUUCGCCAAGGACUGCUUCGAACGAGGCGAGCGGCGCCUCCGUUGCCACAUCCACCACUGAAAGUUCGCCCCCUCCGCGCAUCGUCCUCUCCUUCGAGCUCGGCGCCUCCUCCUUCUGCCCCCGAGCUCGGCAGUUCGUUGUAUUUAUUGUUCUGCAUUUCUUUGAAGUUGAAGAUCACUUACAACAAGCUGGAAUCUGAUCUUUCCAGCAGUAGAAAGACAUUCAAAGAACCUGAAGACAUAUUAAGUUGAACAAAGAGACAACUUGAAGAAAGGCAGACACGAAUCUCGCCCUGGAAGCUCAUCGAUGCAUGCUCAUCACUUCAACUUUGCCCCCUCCCACUUUCUGCUUCUACAUUAGAAGAUGGCAGCUAAAAUCGCCUGCGCCCUGCCCACGCUGUUCCUCCAGUCGCCUUCGUCGUCCGAUUUAAACCCCAGACAUUUCCAGAAUCUUAUUCCAUCAUUUCCUCAGCGUCGUCUCAAAAUUUUUGGAUUGUCUCACCCCCUCCCACUACGAGUUACGGCUAUGCGCAACAGCAAGGAAGAGUAUAUCACUGGAGAGAAUAAGUGCAGUAGUUGGCUCCCACAAGAGUUCUACGAUGAUGAGUGGCAAACACGACAACGAGAGAAAACCAAGGAGUGGCAUGCAUAUCGCCAAAAGGAAGAAAAAGAAGAGGAGAGAAGGACAAAUGAAUAUAGAGAAAUAGGGACACGCUUGAAAGGAUACCCUGAGGAGGAAGUUCACAAAGCGAGGAUAUUGGUUUCAAGUUUCAUAAGAUCUGGUGAAGAAAUUGAGGAGAAAAUUGUAGAGGCUGCUGAGAAGGGUGAGCUUACUGAGCUUGUUCUAAUGGUCAUUUGGAAUCGGCGUGAUCUCGCACAACGUGAUGAUGAAAAGGAUGUCAUCCGAAGCCUGGACCUCUUAUACCGGCGGGUUGAGACGGAAAUACUGAGGAGAGAAUCAACACCUUCUAUGAGAUUGCUUAAUGACCUUCUGAACCUUCAUGACGGAUUUGAUAAUGAAGGGUGGCUGAAGGACUGUAGAAAGCACAUGAUGGACAUUUUCCCCCGAGAGGAACCUUUUAGUAUGUUUCUUCCAGCUGGUUUUGACCUGGAAAGUCAUCAAGGGCGCAUAGGGCUGCCACCUGAGGGUGAUGUUCUGUUGAGGAUUGACUUUGUAAGGGAGGUGGACACUCUGCUUCAGGAAGUCCGAGCUGAGCAAAGCAGUAUGCAGCCUCAGCAGCAAGGGCUGGACCCAGAAUCUGUAGCUAACCGGUUGAAGCAGCAGGAGAAGCAGCAGACCAUCCGUCAAGUGGAGGCUCUCUUAGAGUUGGCUAUCUCAUUGAAGUGGUGAUCUAAGCAUUUUGACAUAAUCAUAAUCUCUUGUUGUGAAAGCCACUCUUAAUGGCUGGUGCAGAGAAUCAAUUCCCACUUUUAUUGUUAUUCAAGAGAAGCACUUACAGGAAGGCAGUGGCAAUCAUUCAAAACCUCAAGAAGCAUGUUGCAUGUUGCAUGUUGCAUGUUGCCUACAAAUGGAUUCAAAGAAUUUAGAUCAUCUUUGAUGCUUGUAACCCUAGAUCUCUACUCGUGGUUAAAUUUGGCUAUUCAUGUGGUUAAGUUUAGAGUUUAGACGCUCUUAUCAAGAUUCUAUUCCAGUUGCCAGCUCAGAUGCUCUCAUCAAGAUUCUAUUCCGCCUAUGCAUGUGAUUUAAGUUUCUGCAGAUGCCAAGACUUCUCGAUGUAAUUUAUAAACUGUGUCGGCCAACCUGGCCAUAUAAGAUUGUAUCAGUAGGGAAUUUGAAGCUCUUGGCAUCUUGGAAUUUGUUGAGUCGUUUGAAGACCAAUGAGUGCUAAAUUUGGUGCCGAACUUCCCUAACUUCUGAUAUUCGUGUUAGGUUAAGCUUUGAGCUGCCUGUUGGAAUGGUUUAAAUGCAACAUCCACAUUUUCUUGAGGCUCUCUGAUGUAGCCCUACAUUAAUGGCAAACCACAGAUAGCUUGGCUAAUAUUUUUAGUAUAGAUACUUAUCAUAUGGGAGUUUAUAGGUCCACAGAUGACGGAGUAUUUUGCUAUUUUAAAUCAAAGAUGUCCGUUUGUUUUCUCUC